UAACCUAAAAAGUACUGUUUUGAUUUAUGAACUUUUAUUGUUAUAAAACAUCACUAUAAAUUCCUUAUUAUGUAAGAACUAAAUGAUUAUUCAGAAAUUCUAUAGAUUGGGGCUCCUUUAUAGGAGGCCCCACACUUAUCGAUAUUUUUCGACUGUGAGUAAUAUCGGUUCUUCCAAACUAUGCCAAUACUUUGAUAUCACCCAAGAACAAGCAGAAUUCAUAUGUUUAAAACAACCAUACGUAAACAAAUUAGAUGAAUCUACCUUGAAGUGUCUAAUUGACACAGUGCGUGACCUGGGAUUUACAAGAAAAGUUUUAAUUAAAGAUCCACUGUUGUUCAGCAUAUUGCCUAUCACAAUUAAAUUUAGACAUAAAGUAUUGGAUGAAUGUGGGUUUGAAAACAUAACACCAAAACACAUAUUGUCAUAUUUGCAAAUAAUGAAACAAACAACCAUAGGACAACUGAAGAAAUCCGGAGAGCUAUCAACUAUGUUGAAUGUAGAAAAUAGACUAGCAAGUUAUAUGACACAAUGGCCUACAUCUCUGACUACCUUAAUAUACGGAGAUAUCAAUGAGAUAACAAUGUAUACUUUAAGGCUGAAAAUAUUACAACGGUAUCUAGAAUUAAUGCUAGAUUUAACUGAAGAUGAAUUUCAAAGGGGCAUAAAAACUUACCCAACAAUUAAGCACCGGCCACUAGAAUAUAUUAAUGAGACACUCAACAUAUUACAGUCAGUGGUCAAGAUACCUGAUAAGAAAAUCAAAGGCAAUUUAUAUCUUAUUCAUGUUGAUCCAGAAAAUUUAAAGAAAAUAAUAUACAAGCUUCGUUCUAUAGGUGGUGUUGAUAUUAAAGACAUUUUGAGACUUCAUCCUAAACUAGCCACCAAAAAGUAUGAGGUGAUGGUAGAAACUAGGCAUGUUUUGCAGGAAUAUGGCAUCACUGAUGAAGCCCAGAGAAGGUGUUUUGAUAUAUAUACUCUGAGUCCAGAUACUGUAAGAACAAGACUUGAGGAAGCUAAGACAAUUCCUGAAUUUCAAACAUUCUUAAACCAUCCUAGAUUUUUGAAAAUGAUACACUACAAAAAUACAGCAAUGCUAAGAUUGAGAAGCUUAUAUAACAAUAGGAAAAAAUGUUUGAGUCUCAACAUACUUUCAGGUAGUGCAGUUCAAUAUGACACCUUUGAAAAAGCUCCAGGAGACAGGCUGGGCAAGGGGAAAGAUCUAGUAUUCUGCAUCUCACAAUGUCUUGGAGAUAUGUACAGUUCCGCCCAAAUAAGGAACACAGUCAAGAGACAUCCAUUCUGGAUUAAUGUGCCUCUGGUGCAAAUAAAAUUUGUCUACCAACAGCUUUCCAGGAAGUUUAGUGUUCAAGAUAUUUAUGAAAAUUGUCCCAUCCUGUUAUAUCCCUGGGCCAAAAUAAAGAAAGUGCUUGAUAUAUUUGAGGUAAAACAAAAACCUGCAGAAUCAUUGUACAGCAUUGAACUACUAGACCUCACGAAACUGGAGAAAUCUCAAAAAUUGAGUUUAGUUUUAUAUUAUCUAGAAAAGAAUCAUUACUUUUCAGGGAAUGGUGUCUGGACUGAAGAAAAAUGUAAAAAUAGUGAAUUGUCAAAUUACCAAUAUGUCCAAAAUCACCAGUCUGUAAAUACAAUGUUAAAGUAAA